GGAAUGCACCUUACUGGUCACCGGAGUAAUGCACUCAUAUAAUGUUUAACUUCUUGUUCCGCAAUUACUUCUUUAUUAGGCAUCCAGAAGGUGUCAAAGCAAACCUGCCAUAUAUCUCCCCGGAAAGGCUGUGUUUUCAGAAGGCGCCCCAGAAAAGAUACAGUAUUAAACCAGGACAAACAUUAACAUGGCUAGCAUGGCUGUUCAGUUACUUGGCUUCUUCCUGAGUCUUCUUGGUCUAGCUGGGACCAUCACUGCUACCAUCCUGCCUCACUGGUGGAGAACGGCACAUGUGGGGACCAACAUCAUCACAGCCGUGGCGUACGUGAAGGGUCUCUGGAUGGAAUGUGUUUGGCACAGCACUGGGAUCUACCAGUGCCAACUCCACCGCUCGCCACUCGCUUUGCCUCGUGACCUUCAAGCAGCCCGUGCCAUGAUGGUGAUUUCCUGUGUUCUUUCAGCGCUGGCGUGCAUAGUUGCUGUGAUUGGCAUGAAGUGCACCCGAUGUGCCAAAGGGUCCUCUGCCAAGAAUGUAUUUGCCGUCUUGGGUGGAGUCCUUUUCAUACUGGCUGGGCUCAUAUGCCUCAUCCCUGUUUCUUGGUCAACCAAUGAUGUUGUCACUGAUUUCUACAAUCCUUUGCUGCCCAAUGGGAUGAAAUAUGAGAUUGGGCAAGCCCUUUACCUUGGCUUUGUCUGUGCUUCACUGAGUAUAAUUGGUGGAGUUAUCCUUUGUACUUCAUGCCAACGUACAGCCAACAACAUAAACUACCACCCUCAGCCAAGGAGUACAAGGGCAGCUCCAGCCUACCGACCACCCGUGGCCUACAAGGCAAACCAUACUUCAUCACUAACUUCUGCUUCACACAGUGGUUACAGAUUAAAUGACUAUGUGUGAGUUUUUUUGGUACCUUGCUGCUGCUUUUAAAAAAAGUUUUAUAUGUAGCUAUGUCAUGUCAGAAAGAAAUAUGUUAUUAAAUGUACAUAAUUUUUAUACAAUGUUUCCCAUUGUUCUACUUCUUGUGAGAAUAAUAUAUGUAAUUUUGAGGAGAAUUGCUUUGAAACCUGAAAUUUAAAAAAAACCUACAAUGUA